AUGAUGUGUAGUGCAGCAGAAAAUAGUUUCAGAGGUAUGAAGCAGAUUCUGUCUGAAUUGGAACCGGACACAGACGCAAAUACUAUAUUUGAAUUAAAGGAACGCGCGCAUAUGUUUUGUGCUCGAUUUCUUGGUGGCGCUUGGAAGGUUGUUGGAAUUGGAGAACUUCAAUUGGAACGAUUGAAAGGUGGUAUGAGUAAUAUGCUGUUUUUGUGUCGCCUUCCGGGCGCAUGUCCACCACUCACAAACGAACCGGACAAAGUACUUUUGCGAAUUUAUUUUAAUCCAGAAACCGAAAGUCACCUUGUAUCGGAAUCGGUCAUCUUCACUUUAUUAUCAGAACGCCACCUCGGUCCGAAACUGUACGGAGUAUUUAGCGGUGGGCGGCUGGAAGAGUAUAUUCCGUCUCGACCACUUUCAUGGAAAGAGCUUGCCCUUCCGGAAAUGUCCUGUAAAAUAGCACAGCGACUGGUUCGAGUGCAUCAGCUGGAAGUGCCGAUUUGGAAAGAACCUGAUUACUUGUGCGGCGCACUGAGCAGAUGGCUGAAACAGCUUAUGCAGACACCAAGUGGUGCACGAGAAUUUGUGAUUCCUAGCUGUUAUUCAGAUUCUGCUCCUCAAAUCAUCACUUGUGAAGAUAUUGCUAACGAGCUUGACUUUCUGAAGAAAUGCGUCAGCAAAAGUAAAAGCAUCGUCACAUUUUGCCAUAAUGAUCUCCAAGAAGGUAAUAUAUUACUUCCACGAUCAAGUUCUGGUAAUAUUAUUACUCCAUCAAUUACGCAGCGGGAUUCUGCGUCGGCAACAAACGCAUCACGUCUUGUGAUUAUUGAUUUUGAAUACGCAAGUUACAAUCACCGAGGAUUCGAUUUCGCAAAUCAUUUCGUGGAAUAUUCAAUCAACUAUGAUGUUGACAAAGCUCCUUUUUACGAGAUAGAUGAACACCAGUUUCCAAGCGAUGAAUUGCAAUACGAUUUUUUUGUUUCCUAUUUGAAUGAACUUGAGCCAUUCUCCUCGAUGGUCGAGUGCGAUAAAAAAGCAAGAGCUAUGAUUGAGGAAACGAGACCAUUUAUUCCGGUGUCUCACUUUUUUUGGGGCGUUUGGGGUUUGCUGCAAGUUGAAGUGUCUCCUGUUGAUUUUGGAUUCGCUGAGUAUGGGCGCGAUCGGCUAGGUUUGUAUUAUAAAAAUAAGCAUUUGCUUCAACAGCUUCUAGAAGAUUCAAACUGA